AUGCCGAAGCUCCUAAUAAAGCUGUGUUGCUGUCUAAGACCCCAAAGGUGUAAGAGUAAGUUGAUUUGCUUUGGUUUUUGACGAUUUUUAUUAAUUUUAGGUAAUAAUUUAUCAAAAAUAUUUCAAUUGAUUUCAUUUUGUUUUAAAAAUUUGUGUUUAUUUCGAUUACUCAUAAUGGAAUUUCAGAAGCUAAUUCUGACUCUGAUCGACAAUCUAACGCCCAAAAUGGCAACAGUCUGCCUGGAGCAACCUCGGCUCCGCCAACUUCGAUUAUCACACAAGUUUCUAAGGAUACGGACACUUUUCCCACUCCAAUCGUAAAGAAAAUACCUAGCCCGGAUGACUCUAACCACAAUAACAAUGCAUCUCAGCUCCAGCCUCGUGGUCAGGGUGUUGACAACAACGUUAUUGUGUCGGGAAAUCGUCUCCAAAAGCCCCAAAUAAACCAAGUAAGUGUCUUGUGUAAUGUUUUUGAUUCCGCUUUUAGAGUAACGCGUUGUUGCCGCCGUUGCAUCCACUGGACCACAAGAAGAAGUGUCUGAUAGUGGAUUUGGAUGAAACGUUAGUUCAUUCGUCUUUCAAACCCGUCAAGAACGCUGAUUUCGUCAUUCCGGUGGAGAUUGACAAUGUUGUACAUCAAGUUCACGUUCUGAAAAGGCCGCACACUGACGCCUUUCUGGAAAGAAUAGGAGAGCUCUUUGAAUGUGUGCUCUUCACCGCCAGUCUCGACAUGUACGCUGAUCCGGUGGCAGACUUACUGGACAGGAAAGGAGUAUUCAAGUCGAGGUUAUUCCGUGAAGCAUGCGUGUUCUUUGCUGGAAACUACGUCAAGGACUUGACACGGCUGGGCAGAGAUGUAGACAAGGUGAUCAUUGUGGACAACUCUCCAAUCAGUUAUGCUUUUCAUCCUGAAAAUGCCGUAUGUUUUAGAAAAUUUAAAUUUAUGCUUUUACUUUUUUUAAUACCUAAUUUGCAAAAUCGUACUUGUUUCUUAAUAUUUUACGUUUUGCUGACGCUCAAUUGAAUAUACAGCUUGUUUUAAAACUUGCGUAUUUUAGAUUGCCGUCCGAACGUGGUUUGACGACCCCAAUGACACCGAACUACUGGAUAUGCUCCCUCUAUUGGAACAGCUGGCCCACACUGACGACAUCUACAGUGUUUUGCGACGUUCUUUUAUGGGUGGAACGUUUGCUGGAAACUACGAGUAA